CCGUGGCGGACCCCUGGGCAGACGGGCUGUCCCGCCCGGCAGGGCUCGGGGACUCCGGGCGGGGGACGUGCCCAGCGAGCCGGGCCCCAGGGCUCUGGCCCCGUCCCGGGGUGCUCUGUAGCCAGCCCCUGGGCGACUCCCCCCGAGUCCCAGGGCAGCAGCGCGGGGGGGGGGAGAUUCGCAGCCCCCCCCACACAGGCAGGGUCGGAGACGCGCAGCAGCCGGCGGGGGCGGGGGGUGGAGUGAGGGGACCCCCCCCCCCGGCUAGUGCUAGCGGAGGCGCCCCCAGGCUCGGGCCAGGCUCGCCACCAACGCGCUGGCCCCUCCCCGCCCGGCAGUUGUCCAUUGAGCGGGGGUCUCCAUUGAGCUGUCUACGGAGCUGCCCAGAUCCCUUUCCUGAGUUGAUACAGUUCAUUUAGAACCCUGGAAAGUGUUAUGCCACUCUCCAGGUUUGCUGGAUGCCUGCAUGUGAAAGAGAAAGGUUGAGAUUUGCCCAGACUUGGCAUGACGGUCCUUAGGUCCUGAACCAACAUGGCAGCUGGAGAGUCCCCUCCCGUAGGAGGUGGUUUCAUCAACCUGCAGCAGGACAGCGAUCAUGCUGAGGAGGCCUUUCCCCCCGCCGAGGAUGAUGAGGAUUUGGAUAAGACCUUGUCAAUCAAGAGGUUUGGGGACCUGAUAAGCAAGUCAGCAUCAAGGGAUCUGGAAGAGCAGAGACGCAACUACAGUGAGAGAGAUUUUGAAUUCCAUCGCCAAACCUCCCACCACAUCCACCAUCCCCUUUCCACCCACCUGCCUCCUGCCCUCAAGUUCCAGAAGAGGCUCUCCCAUGCCAACCGGAGGAAGAGGAGAAAGAGAAAAAAGAAAAAAACCUCGGUGCCCCCCUCGGACAUCACUCCCACCAUCCAGGAAGUGGAGGAGGAGGAGGGGGACAAGGAGGAGGAAGAGGGGGACGAGGAGGAGGAAGGAGAGUCAGAGGCAGAAGAGGCCCUGGAGAAAGAGGUCUCACCAGAGUCCGAGACAGAGGCUCAUGAGAAGAAGGACGCUCCUAAGCCUGAGCCCCCUAGCAAACCAAAGUUCACCAUUGGGAGUGAUGAUGAAUCCUGCGGUGCCUUGGCUUCUGCACGGUUCCAUGUGGAGAAGGAGUGUGGCAUCAUGUCACCGAUGCCACACCAUGCUGAUCUGCUGCAGGAGACGGGCCCAGCCUCUCUUGGCAGGUAGGAUGGACUUGACCUGGGCUGGCUGGUCAAUCAAAACCUAAUAUCAUCACUGAUAACUUUUGCAGAUAAUACAAAAAUUGUGGGAGAGGUAAAGAAUAAAGAGGACAAAUCAUUGAUGCAGAGCAAUCUGGAGGCCUUGGUAAGCUGGGCGCAAGCAAACAAUAUGCGUUUUAAUAUGGCUAAAUGUUCCUAGACGCAUGAAUUUACAAAGAAUGAAGGCCAUACAUGCAGGAUGGGAGACUCUCUCCUGGGAAGCAAUGACUCUGAGAGAGAUUUGGGGGUCAUGGUGGAGAAUCAGCUGAACAUGAGGUCCCAGUGUGAUGCUGUGGCCAAAGGAGCUAAUGGGAUCCUGAGAUGCACAAACCCAGGAAUUUCGACUAGGAGUCGAGAGGUUAUUUUACCUCUGUAUUCGGCACUGAUGCGACCGCUGCUGGAACCCUGCACCCAGGUCUGGAGUUCACAGUUCACGAAGGACGUUGAUAAAUUGGAGAGAGUUCAGAGAAGAGCCACAAGAAU